CUAUUUUCAUGUGAAAAACAAUUAAGAAAAACAAACAUCAUUCAUUUGGUUGGCUAGGAAAUUGGUCGAAUAAAAAUGUCACCAUUUUCAUAGUCCGGAAUCGAAAAAAGUCGUAGAAAUUGACGAUGAAAACAACAAGAUAAAUUACCGGAUAAAACCAUUGAAUGAUUCUUACACCUUGAUGAUGCUAUAAUCGAGAAUUUUUUCGUAAUUUUCGCAAAAUAAAAAAAAUGCUCAUAUAAAUAAUGUGAUUUUUUUUUGUAUCGACAUUACCAUCCAUUCUGAUUUAUUUAUCUCGAACAGGAAGCAAAAAAAAGAAGAAAUAUUGAUUUGAAGAAUUGAUCUCAAGAAUAAUUUUUAUUUGGAAAAUAUUUUGUUCCCAAUUUUUUUUGUGAGCGUUGGCAUAAUCAAAGUAUAAUCGAGAGAUUUUUUUUAUUUGAUAAAUUCAAUAGUUCGGGAAGAAAAAUGACCUGUUCAGGUUGUCUGUUUGGUCUAUUCAAGAUCAUAUAUGUCACAUUGACAUUUAUUGUACUAGCCAUUCACAUCCAAUACAUUUGGUUAUAUUUGGCAAACGUACGUGAUAUAGAAUCUUUUUUUAAUCAUAAUCAAUUUGCCCAUUUUAUGGGUAUCUUUCUUGGCUUCUUAUUCCGUAUCAGUGGCCUAUUGUCGGCUUGUAAGGAAAAGAUUGCCUUAACCUGUACAUAUAGCUUAUUUUUAGUGUUGAUAUUAUUAAUUUCACGUCAAAUGGAUGUUAUAUUUGCCAUACAUGCCAUAACGGCCAUCUAUGCAAUGUGGUUCGUAUUGGCGCUGAAAUAUGUACGCCAUAAGAAAAAACGUCGACAACUUCGCCACCAAUUACCAACAUCGAUUAUAACCGGUGGAAACGGUUCAGGUCGAAAUGCUAGUCGCCAAAAUCGAAGUUGUUCAACAACGACAACUGGAACAACAUCUAACGCUAAUACUCGUUCAUCUUCGAUAACUGUCGAUCUAUUAGCUGAUCCAGCAGGACGUGUAAUAAAUGUUAUACCAUCGGCUCCAUCAUUUAAUGAAACACCGGAUACAGCUAUAACAACGGCAACUGGUUUUGGUAGUUCAAAUAAUUUACAGCCACCAAUGUAUGAUCAUGUUGGUUAUCCAACAUUAAAUCAUACUCCACCACCAUCAUAUACAGAAUUAUUUGAAUCAAAACGAUCAUAAUUUCAUAAUUUGAAUGAAACUGAUCAACUCAUUUAACAACAUCUCAAACUUUUUUUAAAUAAACUUUUUUCCUAAAUAUUUUUUUAUACAUUUUUACAUAUAAAGAUUCUCAUCAUUUAUACAAUUAAUCAAAUUAAUCACCGCCGAAAUAAACAGUGAGCUUUCAUUGCAAAAAUACUGCACAACAACAAAAUCAAUCAUUACACAACCAGAUUUUUUAAACAACACACGCACUUAUUGAUUUUAGCUUCUUC